UCGGAGGUGACAACUCGCCUCUCAGUUUCAGAUUCGAACCCGCGACUGUACAGUGAUGUGUUAAGAGUUAAGACGAAGGAGUAGUUGGUUGUUUUAUUGUGUGGAAUUUGAUUAAGAUGGCGCGGUGGCUUGUAGUCCUGUGCGUCGUGGUUGCGUGUGCUCUCGCCAUAGAAACACCAUCACGAUUCCAGCCAAAACGCCCUAGGCGGGCCGAAACCGAUGAUCAGAACACUUCGGACGAGAUGGUCAGUAACCUAUUGCAAUGGAUUCAAGGAUUCUAUCAACAAAAGAAUAGGAAAGCUCGCCAGUACCAAGGAGCAAAACCUGACAGACCGAGGCCUUUCGAGCGAUCUUAUCUUCCACCUACCGGGUAUCCCCCUGCCGGCGCCCGACCGACUCCUACAUACAGCGAGGGUCCCGAUGUUGAAACGAACCCACCCUUCCCAGAUGAACCAACCUUCCAGCCAAGCGAACCACCAUACAGACCCUCUAGACCUAGCUACGAGCCAAGUAAUCCUAGUACCACGACAUACGUUCCCCAAAAUACCUACACACCUAAUCAACCAACGUACCAACCUAGUCAACCUACAUAUCAACCAAACCAGCCGACUUAUCAGCCUUCCGUCGAGCCAACUUCAUACGAGCCAGACCAGUCGACCCAACCAGCUUACAGACCAUCUCAGCCAGAUUACAACAGACCGAGUCCUUCUCCAACUUAUCUCCCCUCGCCAGAUAAUCAGCCAUCUGGAGGAACUGAUGACGACGACGAUCGCCAUCCCCCUCAUAUUCACGAAAUUACCGUUGACUGCGGCAAAGAUAAGAUGACAAUCAACAUUGAGUUCAACAAGCCCUACAACGGCAUAAUUUAUUCUCAAGACCAUUACAAGGAACCCGAAUGUGUGUACGUCAGAGAGAACUCCAACCAAAUCAAAUUCUCGUUCACCGUAAGUCUCGAUAAGUGCGGCACCAGAUUCUUCAGUGAUUUCGAAAACGAGGGUCAAGCGUACUUAGAAAACGUAUUGGUCCUGCAAAACGAGCCAGGAAUUCAGGAGGUGUGGGAUCACAUUCGACGUGUGAGAUGUCUUUGGGAAGGAAACCUCACAAAACAGUUGGUGUCUUCUCUAAGCGUCGGUAUGCUCAACCAGAUUACGAGCAACUUCAGCGGUGAUACUGCUAUGGCUCGUUUGGACAUCCAAUCUGGCCGUGGACCGUUCGCUCCCGAAGCGAACGGGCUGAUAAAGAUUGGAGAAACGAUGACAUUAGUAGUGAGUGUAACUGGUGACCCAGGAUUCGACAUAUUGGUGAGAGAAUGUAUAGCGCGAGACUCGAGCAACAACAAUGUCGUGCCGUUGACGGACAACAACGGUUGCGUGCUGAAGCCUAAAUUGUUUGGAGCGUUCCAAAAGACGAGAGAAACGGGUAACACGGGCGCAUCAAUAAUCGCUUAUGCGUUCUUUAAUGCUUUCAAAUUCCCCGACGAAAUGGACUUGAUAAUCCAAUGCGACGUUGAACUUUGCAAGACGGAUUGUGAUGUAUGCCCAAACCCAGGAAGCAUAGAUCCAAAGAGGAAACGGCGAGACCUUAUACACUACGGCAAUCGAACAAUCGAGCCGGCUACCACUAUCGGUAAGGGCAUGCGCGUGGUGUUUGCCGAAGAUUUACCAGUCGAAGCGACCAACUGCAUCUCAUCUAAUGCAGCACUCUGGGGCAGCCUUCUAGUCCUUGUUGGAUCCAUUGCUAGUAGCUUCUUAGUCACUUUCUGCUGGCACACGUCACGAGCAUCCGUCAAACUAACGUAAUUAUAAGAACAACUAUAAAUAAUGAUUGCUUUAAAGUUGUUAAAAAUAUACUCGUAAUACGAAUUUGUAACACACAUAACCAAAUAGGUCAGUCAGUAUUACAUCGGUUAUUGUUACAGAAAUUAUUGAAAUACUCUUGUUAAUGUACAACUACAUAAUCUAACAUACUCAAUUAUAAUAGUUUUAGUAUGUAAUCGUAAUUAAAAUCAAAUAACAUGAGAUGAGAACAAGC